AUGGGAUCUAAAGGAAAUGCUGAAGUGAAUUAUGUUCACCAAAAUGCUAUUUUGUGCGAAACGAUCAAGAAGGAGCAAAAAAAUCACAAAUUAUACACCAACUACAGCAUUAACCCGUUUAAGAAAAGUAAGCAAUUUGAUCAAGAGUACGAUUUAGUAAUUUGUUUUCCUUGGAUCCCUAGUUUACGAUGAUACUUUUUUUAAACUUGAAAAACUUUUUGUUUUUAUUUAGUGUAUACACUCACUGGAAAACCGAAUUCUGUGCACGAUUCUGCGGAUGGAGAAGAAGAUGGUAAGUAAGAAGCUUUGUUUACAUGCACAUCCACAAGAGCAGCAGGUAAACACUGACCGGUAUCCGGUCAAUUCGCCACCACUAAGAGUCAAAUCGCCACCUUUGGCGAUUUUGCUUUGACGUUAUGAGUAGCCCGUCGUAUGAAACCUGACUUGGAGUCUUUGUUUUAAGCACAAGAAUGUAGAUAUAACCUUUAACCUGAAUUUUGUAAUAAUAUCUAAUGAAAGUUGUAUUAUAUGACAGCUUAGAUCUUGAAGUUUAUUAAUUUUUUUGGUUUGGAUGUAAAAAGUGUGUGCAAACACGGCACAAUCUCGCAGAAAUCAACUUGGCAUCCUCUAGGAGUCCCUGAAGUGCAAACAGAUCAAACUUUGAAUUAAUUAAUAUGAUAAGUAGUAUGUCAGUGAUUUUCCUUACGAAAGCAGCAUUUUUCAAAUUAUUCGAUCAAUAUCAUUACAGAACAAAGUGUUAUUGUUAAUAGCUCUUUCUUUGGAUUUCUGAGCACUGUUUAAGACUUUUUGAUGAAGGAGCACACCCCAAAAGGUAUAUUCCAAAAUGAAAAACAAACAUUUUGGCUGUUUAAAUUUCCCCAAUUGUUUGGCAACCAUUGAUGAGUUAACAAGCACUCAAAUUACCUGAAAUGGGCUUUGAAUUCACUUCUUUUCAAAGUACUUCCUUUAGAUUAAGUCACUUGACUGUCUUAUGAAAACUGUGUCCUGCAGAGCCCAAAAGUAGAGAAUGCAUAAUUAAGACGCUACACAAUAAGUGUGAGUUCCUUUGGCUGUAUUUGUUUGGGCUUCUAUGUUCGCAAUACACUACUAAAAGUUAGCUUCCAUUUAAUGUAAGUUUCAAAAGGGAGGCUAAACAUAACACCUGAGUCAAAUGGUCACCAGUAGAGAUUUGACUCUCAGUGGUGGGGAGUUUGGUAGUGGUGAGUUGGUUAUGGAGGUGAAUUGACCAUAAACCCACUGACCUUAGCAUGGUUUUCACUGUGCUGGAGAAGACCCAUCAUUGUAUGCAGCGUAAUGAAUGUUAAAGCAACUUCAUAUCUGGAUUUGAAAUUAUUAUUAGGGUACUUCAAUUCCACUUUGUAUUUCCUGCCACACUGCUAAGAAACUUACCAUAAUUUCAACAGUUUGAUAAAUGCGACCGUACCAGAAUAAAUUGAAACAGUUCAACAACUUGCAAAUAGUAACAUUAUAAAUCACAAAACUAAUCUCCUUUAGAAUUUACGAUGGUGAGAAAAUUAGAGCUGAAUAGGUGGUAACAUGAACACAUUUUACCAUUGUGGUACAGUAAAUUAGUGACCUGCAAGGCUAGGCAUUGCAUUAUUUGAGUAGAACAUAUAUCAGUUUCUGGUGGAUAUCUAUUGAAAAUAGAAGAGUACAUGUACCAUGCUGUUUUUGCAAUAAUAUUAUUACACUGUAUGUCACUGUGUAAAAACUCUUGGACAGUACUUUUGCCAUUUCAUCUUUAGAAAUAUGAAUUCAAAACAAGUUUUUAAGUUAAACAUUUUUGAUUAAAUUUCAGUUCUUCACAACAUGCAAAGUACUGAAUUUGCUAUACAAACUUGCUUACAAUCCAGACAAGAGCCAGUAGGAGUGUCAAAUUGGACCUCAUGAAAUAACUUGAAUGGAAAUCUCUAUUAGGUACACACCACAAUAGAACUGUGGCAUGACACUGUUAUCUUUUGUAUCUUUAGACAAUUUCCUUGAGGUCAUCAAAAAGUCCAAUGAAACACCAGUUAAGAAAUUCAAAUUCCCACAAACAUCAGCUCAAGAAGUUGGAUGGAAUACAGAACCACUGGUUAGUUGCUAACUCAUUUAUGAUGACAUUUCAUAUAGAAUUGAUUAAGUGAUUAACCAUAUCAAUUCCAAAUCCAUAUCAAGUUGGCAGUCUUAGAAUAUGAGGUUUGAUAAACUUAUUGCCAUGCUUAUUGUCAAAGUGACCCUUUUCAGUUUGUUGUAUAUGUAUUGUUACGUAUAUAUGUAUGUUUUGUUUGUUGCUGCACACUUGUUUUUCAAGUACUGAAAGAGAAUGUCUCAAGUAUGUAGAGAAAAAUGUGUUUGUGGGUCAGUGUUAUGUGAAAUCAAUGUCACAUCUUGUACCAAAGUUUUGGAUUUCACAUCCACAACAAAAUCGCUGCAAAUUAAAUGAUAACAACCAUUACAGUGGUUUAAAUGUGACCAUGAGUAAUCUGUUUCUAUUCAGAUUGACAGGUUGUGGAAAGACCGUCUGGAUCAUCCAAUAGUUAAUUCUGAAAUCACCAAGUUUAUGGACAAGAAAUGGAUGGUGAAAGAACAGACAGAAAUUAAUCAAAGCUGA